CCUCCUUCCGACAGCUCUGACAGCAAGCAUUGGCGCAUUUCAGUGCCACCACGAGCCUUUAGCAUAUUUUUAGCUUCUUUUGAACCCAUCUUUCCCUCCCAUACGCAUCAUCCUCCGAGAGACAAACGUCGGAGUGGCCUCGUCUAGAAUGGGGAACCGAGACGAUGAAUACGAUUUUUUGUUCAAAGUCGUGUUGAUUGGGGACUCGGGUGUUGGUAAGAGCAACCUGCUCUCUCGAUUCACACGAAAUGAGUUCAACCUGGAGAGCAAAAGCACCAUCGGUGUGGAGUUUGCAACGCGCAGCAUUCAGGUGGAUGGCAAGACGAUAAAGGCGCAGAUCUGGGACACCGCGGGACAGGAGCGCUACAGAGCCAUCACCUCGGCAUACUACAGAGGAGCCGUGGGUGCACUCCUGGUGUACGAUAUAGCCAAGCACCUGACUUACGAGAAUGUGGAGCGUUGGCUGAAGGAGCUGAGGGACCACGCUGACAACAAUAUCGUCAUUAUGCUCGUGGGCAACAAGAGCGACCUACGCCACCUCAGGGCCGUUCCCACAGACGAGGCCCGUGCCUUUGCAGAGAAAAAUAACCUGUCAUUCAUCGAAACUUCAGCCUUGGACUCAACAAAUGUUGAAGAGGCCUUCAAGAAUAUCCUUACAGAUCCAUGGCAAGUUCCUCAAAACAGGAACUGUUCUUGACAAAGUACGCAGCGGAAGAGCUACUCCUACUACUACCAUUGAAGAAGUCCUUUCGCAGAUGAUUGCGCAAAGCAAGAGAAAGUAUAUCCAGAGAGCGGCAAUGGAACUCGGCAUCGACAAAUGGUUGAUUCAGAAGAUGCGUCAAAGCGUGACAGCUUCACUUUAAGACGAUGACGCUGAACUUCCACAAGGGGCACUGACAAGUAUCUUUCCGCUUUACGAUCAGCGAAAGCGACAAGUUUGGGGAAAAUCAACCCCCUCAGAAAAACUCUCCAAAGCUGUUGCUUUUGUUGCACCUCAGAAACAAAGAGAGCUGUAGCGAUGUUUUUUAAACAACUUUAUCAAUUCUUUUAACACUCUCUGUCCGCUGACUUGCCUUCUCUUUUGCCGUUCGACUCGAGAGGCGUUCAAAGACCACCUCAGAAAAACGUAAAUUAACGAUAAUUUAAAUGACACUAAGAAAAUCUAAACAGAAAAUCCAGCGAGGAAAUCACAAAAUAAAUUAAAUGAGGGGUGUUUGUGAACACAUAACAGUGGAAUAAGUAACAGACAAUUCUGAAAUAGUCCACUCUCCUGCAGUUUGGUGUGCAAUGUCUAGCGCUGGGCUGACUGAAAGAUGACCGGUAACACUUCUGACACACAUUUCUCAAACCGCCGCCGAAGUUCAGUCGGAGGACUGAAAAAGUUCUUACUGGGUGGCAAAAUUUUGCAAUGUUCCUCCGAUGUCAAGUGGCGAGCGCAAGGGAAUGACAUGCUUGCAAGAACGGUUAACUGUCAAAUGAUGGCCUCACGGCAGUCCAAAUGAUUCCUGAGGCUAAAUGUACGUUAAAGAGGAAGUGUAUUGUGAUUUUGGAGACAUUUUAAAUUUUGUAUCAGCAUCAUUGUGUUUUCUACUGUCAACCGUUUCUCUGUACGGAGAGCAAAUCGUUUACUUCUAGAGUUGGUGUUCGAACCCCUUUUAUUUGUUUAUUGUAUUUUUAAUAUCAUACUCCUGAUAUGAA